AUGACUGACCUUGACUUUGUUGUAUCACCUGUUCAAACAAAAGUGGAAAUCAACGAUCUGCAUAAUGAGGACUUUAUCCCUGGUACACUUAAUAUUUAUUCCUUGGAAGUUGAUUCUGAAGAAGAAAAUGUGUAUCACUGCGAUGCUGCCAGUCGACCAAAAGUGAAAACAAGAGGCAAUAUAAUUCUUUUUCCACAACCAUCGAAUUCAUGUAAUGAUCCAUUAAACUGGAGUAAAUGGAGAAAACUUAGUAACUUUAUUAUUGUCAUCUUCAUUACUGCUUUCACAGCAGCAACUUCAAAUGACGCCGGAUCAAUCCAAGAUUCACUUAAUGAAAAAUACGGCAUUAGCUAUGAUGCAAUGAAUACAGGAGCAGGAGUUUUAUUUUUAGGUAUUGGAUGGGGUACUUUCUUUUUGACACCGGCGUCGUCAUUAUAUGGUCGAAAAAUAACAUACUUUAUAUGCAUCUUUCUUGGUUUAUUAGGGGCAGUUUGGUUUGCCUUGGUUAAAAGUACAUCUGAUUCAAUUUGGUCUCAAUUGUUUGUUGGUAUUAGUGAGAGUUGUGCUGAAGCUCAAGUACAAUUAAGUUUAUCAGAACUUUAUUUUGCUCAUAACCUUGGUUCUGUACUUACGUCAUAUAUUGUUGCAACUUCCGUGGGCACCUACUUGGGACCUUUAAUUGCAGCCUUUAUUGUGCAAAACAUUGGUUUCAGAUGGGUUGGUUGGAUCGCUGCAAUUAUUAGCGGUGCCUUAUUGUUGGUAAUCGUCUUUUGUUUGGACGAAACUUAUUUUGAUCGAGCAAAGUUUACCAAGCCAUUUAUUACUGGCAUAUCUCCCUUUGACUCCAAUUAUAGCAAGGAUAAACUGGACUCCAAAAAUUCAAUUCCUGAAAAGCAAAACGAUUUUAACAUUGAACUGAAUGUCAAAAGCAAAGAAGUUGAACAAAGUGAUGACGACUUGGUAAAUGAAGGUGAAAAUGACCCUCCCAUUUCUUAUUGGAAAAGAACUGCAAUGAUAACCCCAGCUACAAAUCUCAAAGGUACUGGAUUUAAACAGUAUAUGAAUCAAUUGAGAUUAUUGUUGAAAGUAUUUCUUUACCCACCAGUUAUUUACUCAGGUUUUUGUUGGGGCAUUCAAAACGCAUUAUUGACCUUUUAUCUUACAGUGGAAGACGAUCAGUACUACGAUCCUCCUUACAAUUAUGGUAAUAUUGCCGUGGGGUUGAUGAAUAUACCGUGCUUAAUUGGGGCCAUUAUUGGAUGUUUUUUUGCGGGUACUCUUUCAGAUUAUUUCACCAUGUAUUUAGCUAAAAGAAAUAACGGGAUCCAGGAAGCUGAAUACCGAUUAUGGUUUUUAUUACCACCAGCUAUUAUCGCUCCGAUAGGACUCAUAUUGUUUGCUGUUGGUACAGAUCAAGUGUGGAGCUGGGUGCCUACGUAUAUUGGCCUUGGAUUUAUUGGUUUCGGUUAUGGUUGUGCUGGUGACGUGUCAAUGUCAUAUCUUAUGGAUAGUUAUCCGAACGCUGUCAUUGAAACUAUGACAGUGGUUGCAGUAAUCAACAAUUGUAUUGGUUGCGUAUUCACGUUUGCAUGCAGCCCUUUCAUAAAUGCAUUAGGAAAUACCAAAACAUUUAUUAUAUUGGCAGUCAUUGAAUUUGUUAUAAUGGCAUCAGCAAGCUUCUUUAUAUAUUACGGCAAGAGAAUUAGAGUAUGGACAAAAGACUGGUACUUGGAAUUCUGUGAAGCAAGAGAUGGUCUUUGA